AUGUCCAGCGCGUUCGCGAGCGCGGUGCGACGGGCGUUUCAUCGCUCGGACGUCACCACCGCGUCCUCCGUCGCCCUGCGCGCGUUCGCGUCGUCCGUGUUCGAGCGACGGGCGCUCGCACCGUCACUCGCGCGAAGUGCCGCGGUCUCGACCUCGCGACGCGCGCACGCGUCGUCCACGGCGUCGACGGCGAACGCGGGCGAACGCGCGAGUGACUCGCAGACGACGCCGACGUCGUCGACGAGCGAACCGGGGAUGAGUCCGCUGCGUCGGGCGCCGCCGCCGGCGCGCGCGACGCGCGGCGCGGUCAUUCCGGGCGCGCUCACGGAUGGUGGAAUUUCUGAACGCGCGCGCGCUGUUUUACGCGACGCCAAGGGAUCGCCGAAGAAGUUCAGCGCUUUCCUUCGUCUCAUUCGCGGACUGCGCGUGGACGACGCGCUGAUACAGUGCGACAUGUCUCCGAAGAGAGUGGCGAAGACGGUGGGGAAAGUGAUUCAGUCAGCCGUGGGGAACGCGGUGAACAAUCAGGGUCUCGAUCGCGAUCGGCUCGUCAUCGCCUGGGCCACCGUGGGGAAAGGGCAAUAUCUGCGGAGGGUCUCCAUGCACGGUCGUGGGCGCGCAGGGGUGAUGCAUCGACCGCGCACGCACGUGGCGAUAGCUGUGGAGGAAAACGAUGACGUCGAGCGACGCGUACAGAUUUUUGACGACGAGAUGCCUUGGCAGCGAAGGCGUAGACUGGGACGGGCGAAACAGGCGAUCGCGGAGGCCGCGGGUAUCGCGUGA